ACACACUUGUAGCACACCGGACAGUUUCUUCUGUAGCACACCGGACAGUUUCUUCUGUAGCACACCGACUUUUUAUUUCAGAGGUCGAACUUUAGUCACACUCGAAUCUUUUGUAUUUAGUUGAAUCUGAAUCACGACAGUUAUAUUUAACAUCUUAAAAAUUACAUUUGAAAUCGGUUCUUGUUGAUGUUUGAAUUAAAAAUCUAGGGCGUUUGAAUCCGGUUCCUCUCUGCGCUCACGUGUCCUUCGGUCCGCUGAGGACGGUGUUCACAUCACGCACGGAGCUCAGACCGAGUCAUGGCGCUGCAGGUGUCCGAGUCCGACCAGAUCAAACAGUUUAAGGAGUUUCUGGGGACAUACAACAAGGUGACAGAGAACUGCUUCAUGGACUGCGUCAAAGAUUUCACCACCAGAGACGUGAAGCCAGAGGAGUCCAGCUGCUCCGAGUCCUGUCUGCAGAAGUAUCUCAAGAUGACCCAGCGCAUCUCCAUGAGGUUCCAGGAGUAUCACAUCCAGCAGAACGAAGCUCUGGCCGCUAAAGCUGGACUGCUGGGACAGCCUCGCUGACCAGGCCCGACAUGGACUGAAAACAUGACCCCAGCAGGCUGGUCCUGGUCCCAGUGAUGGUCCUGGUCCAGUAGGUCUGGUCUCACCCCUGCUGGAAGAAAAAAAAAAACUCUGAACUGCACCUUUUGUUUGUAUCAAUCAGGCUGCUGAAGUCUCUGCUGCAGAGCUGCACAGAAACAAGGAUUUGGCCGCUGAGCAUCAUGGGAGAUGUAGUGUAAAACAACAGGACCAGACAGAUUUCAAGUUGUGUACAGAAACUGUGGAACUGUCCUUUAAUGUGGGUUGAGUUUUACUGUAUGUUGAAAUGUUAUUAAAGAACGUGAAUCUCUGA